UAAUAAAAUAAAUAAGAAGUUAUAUAUAAUUGAUAAAAAGUUAAAAAAUAAAUCAGUCCUCCAUCCAUCACCACUCAUCAGCAACAAAACAACCAUGGACAACAUAGACAGAGGCGCACCAAUGCUGCUGCUGCUGCUGUCGAUCCUUGUAAUAAUUCUAACCACUUCCACUUCUUCUGCAGCCACAACGCCAUCAUCACCUUCUCAUUUCUUGGAGUUCAACGUCGACGAAGCAAUCGCAGGGACCAAACUCAAACAUGUCCAAGAGGAAGCUGAACCAGAACAACAACAAGAGCAGCUAGAAUGGAAAGUGAAGCUCAAGCUACUUCACAGAGACAAGAUCCACCACAGCGUUACCACCAUUAGCAACGACCAUCGAACCCGUUUCAAUGCACGAAUCAAGCGAGAUGUGAGAAGGGUCGCCUUCCUCCUCCGCCGCCUCAGCAGCAACAACUAUGCAGAGGAACUGGCGGAGGCUGCUGCUUUCGGCUCCGACGACGUGGUGUCAGGCACCGCAGAAGGGAGCGGAGAGUAUUUCGUCCGGAUCGGAGUCGGCAGCCCUCCAACGUAUCAGUACAUGGUCAUCGACUCCGGCAGCGACAUUGUGUGGGUCCAGUGCCAGCCCUGCGACCAGUGUUACAACCAAACCGACCCAAUUUUCAACCCGGCCCUAUCCGCUUCUUUCACCGGAGUCCGAUGCCCCUCCGCCGUCUGCGGCCAGCUCGACGGUGCCGCCUGCCACGAGAAGAGGUGCGGCUAUGAGGUUUCCUAUGGGGACGGGUCCUCCACGAAAGGGACACUCGCCCUGGAGACACUCACGGUGGGGCGGACGGUGAUAAGAAAAACCGCCAUCGGGUGCGGCCACUGGAAUGAGGGAAUGUUCGUCGGAGCGGCCGGCUUGUUGGGCCUCGGAGGUGGGCCCAUGUCGUUUGUGGGCCAGCUGGGUGCCCAAACUGACGGCGCCUUCGGGUACUGCUUGCUCUCACGAGGUGCAGUACCCGAAGGCUCGUCCGGUUCUCUCCGGUUUGGGCGCCAAGCGAUGCCUAUUGGCGCCGUGUGGGUCCCUCUCAUACCGAACCCUUUUUUUCCAACUUUCUACUACGUUGCCCUUUCGGGUCUUGGAGUCGGAGGCUUGCGCCUCAACAUUUCGGAAGAUGUUUUUCGGAUAACUGACUUGGGCGACGGAGGGGUUGUCAUGGACACCGGCACUGCAGUGACAAGGCUACCUGCUGCCGCAUACAACAUUUUUCGAGAUGCUUUUGUUGACCAGACAACGAACUUGCCCCGAGCGUCGCGAGUGUCUAUUUUUGACACUUGCUAUAACCUAAGCGGGUUCGUGUCGGUUCGGGUCCCCACCGUGUCGUUUUACUUUUCCGGUGGGCAGAUCUUGACGCUACCGGCGAGGAACUUUCUCAUUCCGGCGGAUGACAUUGGCACAUUCUGUUUUGCGUUUGCUCCAUCUCCGUAUGGGCUUUCGAUCAUAGGAAAUGUGCAGCAAGAAGGGAUCCAAAUUUCGGUUGAUGCGGGUAAUGGUUUUGUGGGGUUUGGACCCAAUGUCUGUUAGUAAGUGUUGAGCAAACAUUACAUUCACUUAAUUUUGGUAGUCUAAUUAAGCAAUGUCACAUAUUGUAUUGAUAAAUUGAUUUAUUACGUUACAUAUGCAGAUAUGCUGCAUGAGGCUGGUGAAAAUCUUAUUGCUUUUUUCCACUCCAUGAUCUGCUCUACUAAGCAGUUUUGAUGAA